AUGGACGAAGCAGGCAAAGUCGCCUUGGAGUAUACGAAAGCGCUCUACCGCCAUGCUCUUAAACACGUUCGGGAUCACAUCAGCAAGAACCCGGGGAUCACGUCCUUCCAACUCAUCAUGAUCCUACUUGCCUGCGUACCUGUUCUUGUCGCUGCGCCCGGGCUAGCAGCUAUAGGCCUUGGUGCACUUGGACCUUCCGCUGGCGGAGCAGCUGCAGGAUAUCAAGCCGUCCACGGCACGACGGCAGCAUUCAGUCUAUUGCAGAGUGCGGCGAUGGGAGGGUAUGGAGCUGCAGUGGUCAAUGGGGCCGUCACUGGCGUCACGGCAGUCUCUGGUGUGGUGGCUGGGUUCCUCACGAGGCGCUAG